AGUCACCCCUCUAAAAAGCACACAACGUCCCUCCGAGCUCCUUCUCUCACUCCUGGAGCUCUGGAAAGCCAUUCUCUUCACCAUUGAGCCGCAAUGCAGCUUCUCAAUCCUUUACAGCUGCUCACAGCAGCUCUGGUCGCUGCUUCAUCUGCCGCGGCUGACGACGCUGCCAUUUUGUAUAAAGAGAUCGCGAGAAAUACGAACCAGAGCUUGCUAUGGGGUCCAUACCGAAGCAAUUUGUAUUUUGGAGUUAGGCCGAGGAUUCCCAAGAGUUUGAUGGGCGGAUUGAUGUGGUCGAGGGUAGAUAAUUUUCAAGAUGUACAAAAUAACUUUCGACAUACUUGCGAGCAGGGAGACAACAUGCGAGGUUAUGGCUGGGACGAGUAUGAUGCGCGCCUAGGUGGAAAGCAAACCAUUUACGACGAGGGCAAUGGAAUCGAUAUUACAACUACAUUCGUUAAAAUCCCUGGUGGAAGCAACGGCGGUAGUUGGGCGACAAGAGUUAGAGGCACUGCGAGAAAGGAUGCACCGCCAGAUCUGAAGACUACCAUUUUAUUUUAUGCUUCCCUAGAGGGGCUGGGAAGCCUCGAGGUCGAGAACGAAGAAGAUGUUGGCUACGAGGCCGAUGUGAAUCUGAAGGGAGACUCUCAAGGUCUGGGCGAGUACAAAUUGACUGUCACUGGAGGAAGAGGAUACCAUCCAAAGGCAAUCCACCCAGCAGAUGACGAGAAACCUCUUGACCGGACGUUGGUACAUUCUUUGAUGGUCCCGGAACAAGCUAUCUGGCAGACCAAACCAAUCCUCUUCAAGUUGCUGAAGGAUCAAAUUGACGAGUACCUGGAGAAGUACGGUGAAGAGAAUGCACCACCACCAUGGCAAACGUAUACCAUCAUCAACAAGCCAGGUGCUGGAAAUCUGCAUAUGAUCCAGAAGGUCUUCGAGGGAAAUUUUGAAUUCGACAUUAUCUUCAACAGUGGCUCCUCUGGAAAAGUUUAUACCAGCCAAGAUGUCACUGGUUUCAUCGAGAACACAUCUAAAGCUUUCUGGGACAGAUUUAUUGCCACAUUUGACCUCCAACCUCCAUUUGCCAUCGAAUCGCUACAACAAUUCUCGAGCAAUCUAUUCUCUAAUCUCAUUGGUGGAUUAGGAUACUUCUAUGGUGAUUCUGUCGUAGAUAGAUCAUAUGCACCAGAGUAUGACGAGGAGAACGAAGGCUUUCAUCUUGAGACAGCUGAAGCUCGUGGUCGAAAGCAAGAGAAGCUUGAAGGUCCUUCUGAACUCUUCACUACAGUUCCAUCACGGUCAUUCUUCCCUCGAGGAUUUUUAUGGGAUGAGGGCUUUCAUUUGAUGCCGAUUGUCGACUGGGAUCUUGACCUCGCUCUAGAGGUUUUGAAAUCUUGGUUCAGUCUGAUCGACGAAGACGGAUGGAUUGGCCGUGAGCAGAUCCUUGGUGCUGAAGCGCGCAGCAAAGUCCCAGCAGAGUUCCAAGUACAGUAUCCUCACUAUGCGAAUCCACCUACUCUGUUUUUCAUCGUCGACUCCUUUAUCACCAAGCUUGGGGCCUUGAAUGGAACCACUGGGGGUGACAAGACCAACAAAGAAAGCCUUGGAGCAAAGCCAAAUUCAGUACAUCUCCGUAGCCCUGAACUCGGACUUCAAUAUCUUCAAGAACUGUAUCCCAAGCUCAAGAAGCACUACUAUUGGUUCCGCAAGACUCAGUUCGGUGACCUCAAGUCCUACGACCGAGAUGCAUUUUCUACCAAAGAAGCUUACCGCUGGCGUGGCCGUUCUGAAAGGCAUAUUCUGACCUCUGGGCUUGAUGAUUAUCCACGUCCCCAGCCACCUCACCCAGGAGAGCUGCACGUUGAUCUCAUGUCUUGGAUGGGCAUGAUGACUAAGUCACUGAAGAACAUUGCUUCACUUCUCAAGUAUGAUGAUGAUGUCAAAGAAUUGACUACAAUCGAGACAGCCAUCUUGCGCAACAUCGAUGAUCUUCACUGGAGCGAGAGGGACAAGUGCUACUGCGAUGCCACAAUUGACGAUUAUGAGGAGAACCAGCUCGUGUGCCACAAGGGCUAUAUCUCCUUGUUCCCGUUCCUCACUGGAUUGAUUGAUUCUCAAAGUGAGAAGUUGGACCAUAUUCUCAAGCUUCUUGGAGACGAGAGCGAGCUUUGGUCCGAAUAUGGUAUUCGAAGUCUGAGCAAGAGUGAUCCAUUCUAUGGGACCGAUGAGAAUUACUGGAGAGGACCAAUUUGGAUGAACAUGAAUUAUCUCGCUUUAGUACAGCUCUUGAAAUAUGCACAAAUUCAAGGCCCACACGCCGAGACUGCUACAGAUCUCUACUCGCGUCUCCGUCUCAAUCUUGUCAAGACUGUCUUCGACUCUUGGCAAGAGACAGGCUUCGCUUGGGAGCAAUAUAACCCCGAGACAGGUGCAGGACAGCGAACACAGCAUUUCACUGGCUGGACAAGUCUAGUGGUCAAAAUUAUGGGCAUGCCCGAUUUGAGCGAAGGGAAAUACAAGGUCGAGGGCCAUGAUGAGUUGUAAGCAAGAAAUGGGAGGCCGUAUUUGUAUGUAUAUAAAAGCAAUGCAAUUUGAAGAAAAGUUUGACAUCACAUUUCAUUCGCAGAAAAGUCCAGGUCUGGUGGGAUGAAGUCUGAUUAGAAUUCUUUGCAAAUGGGUAUCUCAACUUC